CAGGAGGGGCGAGGCGGACACCCGCUCAUCCACCGGUAUCAUGGCUUCCUAACCGGAGGGGGAAGUGACUGAGAGGAAAACAAGGACUUUUCUCUGUUGAAUGCCCGAUUUAACAUUCCCCUUUCCAGAACCUGAGAUUAAGGACAGAGGGGUUCGGCCUCCCGAUUCUCCGCCACCGGCCGCCCCUGGGAUCCAGGAUCUACUUUAGUUUUUGCAUCGGUGAAUUUCCAUUCGUAAACCGUGGAAGAUGGCCGACCCGGCGGAGUGCACCAUCAAAGUGAUGUGCCGUUUCAGGCCCCUGAACAGCUCUGAGGUUACCAGAGGCGACAAAUACAUCCCUAAAUUUCAAGGGGAAGACACUGUCGUUAUCGGGGGUAAACCCUACAUGUUUGACAGAGUGUUUCAGUCAAGUACAACACAAGAACAAGUCUACAACGCUUGCGCCCAAAAGAUUGUAAAAGAUGUUCUUGAGGGAUACAAUGGAACAAUUUUUGCUUAUGGACAGACAUCAUCUGGCAAAACACACACCAUGGAGGGGAAUCUCCAUGACACAGACUCAAUGGGCAUCAUCCCCAGGAUAGUACAGGACAUCUUCAACUACAUCUAUUCCAUGGAUGAAAACCUGGAGUUUCAUAUUAAAGUUUCAUAUUUUGAAAUCUACUUGGACAAAAUCCGAGAUCUUUUGGAUGUGUCAAAGACCAAUUUAUCAGUGCAUGAAGACAAAAACAGAGUACCCUAUGUCAAGGGCUGCACUGAAAGAUUUGUGUGCAGCCCAGAGGAAGUCAUGGAUACAAUUGAUGAAGGCAAAUCUAACAGACAUGUAGCAGUCACAAACAUGAACGAGCACAGCUCCAGGAGUCACAGUAUCUUCCUGAUAAACGUUAAGCAGGAGAACACUCAGACGGAGCAGAAGCUCAGUGGAAAACUCUACCUGGUGGAUCUUGCUGGUAGUGAAAAGGUCAGUAAAACGGGUGCAGAAGGGGCGGUGCUGGAUGAAGCUAAGAAUAUCAACAAGUCUCUGUCUUCUCUGGGAAACGUCAUCUCUGCGCUGGCUGAAGGGACGGCCUACAUCCCUUACCGAGACAGCAAGAUGACCCGUAUCCUGCAGGACUCCCUGGGUGGUAACUGUCGAACCACCAUUGUGAUCUGCUGCUCCCCUUCCUCCUAUAAUGAGGCUGAAACCAAAUCCACCCUGAUGUUCGGACAAAGAGCAAAGACCAUUAAGAACACGGUGACGGUGAACAUUGAGCUGACGGCAGAGCAGUGGAAGCAGAAAUAUGAGAGGGAGAAGGAGAAGAACAAAACUCUGAGGAACACCGUCACCUGGCUGGAGAACGAGCUCAACCGCUGGAGAAAUGGAGAGAGCGUGCCCGUGGAGGAGCAGUUCGACAAGGAGAAGGCCAACGCUGAGGUGUUGGCCCUGGACAACAUUAUCAACGAAAAGUCAGCUACUACACCCAACGUGCCCGGUGUUCGUCUCACAGACGUAGAGAAGGACAAGUGUGAGGCUGAGCUCACUAAGCUUUACAAACAGCUGGACGAUAAGGAUGAAGAAAUCAACCAGCAAAGCCAGCUGGUUGAGAAGCUGAAGCAGCAGAUGCUCGACCAGGAGGAGCUGUUGGCUUCCUCCCGGAGGGAUCACGAGAACCUCCAGGCGGAGCUGAAUCGCCUUCAGAUGGAGAACGAGGCCUCCAAGGAGGAGGUGAAGGAAGUGCUGCAGGCCCUGGAGGAGCUGGCUGUCAACUACGACCAGAAGAGCCAGGAGGUGGAGGAUAAGACCAAGGAGUUUGAGACCAUCAGUGAGGAGCUCAGUCAAAAAUCUUCCAUCUUGUCUUCUCUGGACUCUGAGCUCCAAAAGCUGAAGGAAAUGUCCAAUCACCAGAAGAAGAGGGUGACUGAGAUGAUGUCCUCUCUGCUCAAAGACCUGGCUGAAAUUGGCAUCGCUGUGGGCAGCAACGAUAUAAAGCAGCACGAGAGCGGCAGCGGUCUGAUAGAUGAGGAGUUCACAGUGGCUCGUCUCUACAUCAGCAAGUUGAAAUCCGAGGUGAAGACGAUGGUGAAGCGCUGCAAGCAGCUGGAGAGCAUUCAGUCUGAAAGCAACAAGAAGAUGGACGAGAACGAGAAGGAACUGGCUGCAUGUCAGCUGCGCAUCUCCCAGCAUGAGGCUAAAAUCAAGUCCCUGACUGAGUACCUUCAGAAUGUGGAGCAGAAGAAGAGGCAGCUGGAGGAGAACGUGGACUCGCUCAAUGAGGAGCUUGUGAAGCUCAGCGCUCAAGAGAAAGUUCAUGCUAUGGAGAAGGAAAAUGAGAUCCAGACUGCCAAUGAAGUUAAGGAAGCAGUGGAGAAGCAGAUCCACUCCCACCGCGAAGCCCACCAGAAACAGAUCAGCAGCCUGAGAGACGAGCUGGACAACAAGGAGAAACUCAUCACUGAGCUGCAGGACUUGAACCAGAAGAUCAUGCUGGAGCAGGAGAGGCUCAGAGUGGAGCACGAGAAGCUGAAAUCCACCGACCAGGAGAAGAGCCGCAAGCUGCACGAGCUCACGGUGAUGCAGGACAGAAGGGAGCAGGCCAGACAGGAUCUGAAGGGGCUUGAAGAGACAGUGGCCAAAGAGCUGCAGACUCUCCACAACCUGAGGAAACUCUUUGUUCAGGAUUUGGCCACCAGAGUGAAAAAGAGUGCUGAGAUGGAUUCUGAUGACACAGGGGGCAGUGCAGCACAAAAACAGAAAAUCUCCUUUCUUGAGAACAAUCUUGAGCAGCUCACCAAGGUUCACAAACAGCUGGUUCGUGAUAAUGCAGACCUGCGCUGUGAGCUUCCAAAAUUGGAAAAACGUCUUCGUGCUACGGCUGAGCGGGUCAAGGCAUUGGAAUCUGCACUGAAGGAAGCCAAGGAGAACGCUGCCCGCGACCGCAAGCGCUACCAGCAGGAGGUGGACCGCAUCAAGGAGGCCGUCAGGGCCAAGAACAUGGCCCGGAGAGGACAUUCGGCCCAGAUUGCCAAACCCAUCCGGCCCGGACAGCCUCCUGUUGCAUCUCCAACCCACCCCAACAUCAACCGCAGCGGAGGCGGCUUCUACCAGAACAGCCAGCCGGUGUCCAUCAGGGGUGGAGGCAGCAAGCCUGACAAGAACUGAAGAGCAGCAGAACAGAAGAAAGACACCACAGAAGAAGCCAACAUCACCCUCCCACCCAGACAACUUGUCAAUCCAUUACAGCAAGCAGGCUCCACGGAGCCACUAAGGAGUUUCAGAUUUAUAAAUAUAUAUAUAUAUAUAUAUAAAUAUUCCCGGCCUGUACAGCUCCCAACCCCUUCUCCCCUCCAAACACCUCCACCCUCCCACUCCUCUCCUCCAGUUCUCAUUAUGAAUAUCUCUCUUUCUCUUAUGGGAUACAAUAACAAUAAAGAAAAAAAACACGGAGUAAUUUAAAUUUACAAGAAGCAGGAUAAUAUUCUUAUUCAGCGAACCAAACGCAGUCUCGGGCGCAGCGUUUUUUUUGCGAGCGAAACCGUGCCCGAUCUCGAAUGUUUAGCAUCGUUUUUGUUUUGCACAGUCUGUCAUCACCCAUCGUCUUUGUGCGAGCAGUUCUGCACUGUGCCAAGCUGAAUGUAAUCCGUAGCAAGAAAGCAAACACCUAAAACAGGGGGAAAAAGACCAAAAAAAAAUGAAGAAAAUAGCUCGACCUUAUAGGCUAACUUCUGUACAUUUCAUUAUGAUUACUAUCAGUUGUUAACCACAGUUUUCUAUGGGUAGACUUUACAUGUUUCAUAAAGGAGGGAAAAACUUUGCAUUGCGUCGAAGGUGUCGAACACUAGUUUCUGUGCGCUCCUCUUGUACAAAUGUAAAAUCGGCACUACUGCACACGUUUCCCCCGGCAUCUGAGAGAAAGCUGCAAGGAAACGGCUCAAAAAGAAGGAUUUAAAAAAAUAUUGAUAAAAGCCGUGGAACAGUUGUACUGUAGAUGUAUUUAAAUAAAUACCUGUGGAGGCCAAUUGUUUUUAUCAUUAAGUUAAAUUAAACCUAUACUUGUUGUCGGUGGCUUCGUUGGAAGGAUAUGAAUAAUGUAGAGGGAUGAAGGGGGCAAAAUGAGAAUAACUUCCACCUUUUAGCCUACACUAAGUUGCUAAAUGUACUGUUUUCAACUCAUCUAAGUGGAUAAUAUAGCUGUUAAUAGACUCUAUUUAUAUAUCUCAGCACAUAAACUGCAGCCGAUUAGACGGAUGUGACACUCACAAUCUUCGUCCUGUCCUGUCCGGGUCCCAUCAGUCUCUCACAUAUCCAGGAGCUCUAUAAGGCCCUGAUCCAUGUCAUGAUUUCUUUUCAAGGGUGCCUCGCUUCUUCAUUCAUCUUCUUCCCUACUUCUUUUUUAAUUAAGCCCUGUGUUAUGCUGGGUUUUAUGUGCUCUGUCUGUUAUUGUUUUAUAGAUGGUGUAGAUGUUUGAUCGAAGGGGGUGUAUCGGUUGAUGGGUCAGACCCUUGCUGCUGAUCAGCCAAUCAGGGAAAGCAGGGUCUUAAAGAAAAAUACUCAAAUUGCACAAUAAUCUGUCAUCAUGUGGAAGAAAGGAUUUAUUUAACUAAAUUAGACAGCAGGUGUAGGAUUUUUUUAGUGUUUUGAUGUUUUUUGUUAUAUAUAUAUAUAUUUUAUUUUAGUUCCCAUCACAUCUGUUUUUUCUAAUCAUGUAAAGCCCCAGUGCAUUGGCAGGAAAGCUGAUGGUGACUAUAACCCCCUGGAUGAGAACACUAACACCUUGCAUAAGUGCAAUAUACUGUAAGAUACACUGUAUGUCGGUCAGAGUUUGUGUUUGCAGCAGUGCUCCUGCCACACCUCUUUCUGUUACUCAUUGACGGCUUCUUUCAUCGCUGGAAACCAGAAACAUGAAACGGAUUCUUUUCGUUCCUCUUCUGUGCUCAAUAUGAACGCUGAGGGAAAGGCUCCUUUUUAGUUGAAUUAUGAAAACAGAUUAAAGAAGCCUCAAUGGAGAGGAAAAGGUGAGAGCAUUGGAACAAAUCCAGCUCCAAGAGGAGGAUGGGAGUUCUCUGAAAGGUGUCACGUUAAGACAAGAAAGUCAGGUUUUUGCAGAACUUCCUCACACUAUGCUCAAAAGAAAACAACACUCCAUAUGUGGCUGUUUUAGAUCGGAGGUAUAAAGAAGUUUCCAAAGCCCUGUGAGGAAAAUAAAUGGUUGUAAUUGUGUUUUUCAAGCUGCAGAGAGGUAUAUCUCCCCGUGUCUCCGACAGGAUUGUGUUUUAUCUAGACGUCUGUGAUAAUCUGGAUUAGUUAAGACCAUGAACAUUAAAAUGUUUAUCCUAUGAUAUCCUUCCACCAAAAACUGGAUAAGAAAUGGGUUGCAGAGAUUACUUAUGGUGUUUACCGAAAUUUAAGUUUUUGCAUUGAUUCUAAAUUAAAACAAAAAUGUAGCCUUUUUUUAUUACUGUGUAAUAGUCGGUCGAUUUUUAAAGGACUGUUGUUUUUUUGGGGGGGGGGGGUGGGAUCUGUCAGCGGACGCGGUACUGGAUCAUUCCUGGGGAACUGGGGCACAAGUAAAGCAGGGCUCUGAUAUGGACAGAGACGAGAAGUUAAAUGAGGAGAUCACGGUUUUGGAUUGACUGCAUGAUGUAAAUGUAUGUGUGAUUAAAUAAUUAUGAGAAAA